AAGGGAAAUGGGUGGGAAGAACUGAAGAAGUGGGGAACAUCGUCAUCUUCCCCUGAAAUUGAUUUCUCUUCUUCUUCUUCUUCUUCUUCUUCUUCUUCAGAUAUAAACCCUAAACCCUCUUUUUAAACCCUAAAAUUUAUAUCUAUCGGUUUUAAACGAUAGCGAUGAACAAAACAGUCGUAAGAUGUCUUCUUUCUCCUUCACAUCAUCCUUUAAUUCGAUUCUCCACCAAUUCCUCUCUUCUCCACAGAGUUUUCACCUGUAGCCGUUAUCUCACGGCUAGGUUUAUCUCCACUCCUCCUCCGCCUGACGAAAUGUAUGGAUUCGACGAUCCUUUCUCCCCAACUGAGUCGCGGGAUUUGACUAAAGAUUUUUCCUUUUUGCAUGAUUCUCUUCUUGUGGACUCUGGAAAUGCUGUUGAUGUAGUAGCAGUGCCCAUUACUCAAUCCUCUACUGAUGCUAGAGCCAUCGCAGAGGUUGUUUCUGGUGGCGCCGAUGUGUUUGGGAGCAAAUCCCAGAAGUUUCUUAGGCCAUUUAGAGAGAAACUGAGUGAGAGCUUGGUCAUUGAGGUGUUGCGUUUGAUACAAAGACCUUCUGCUGUUAUCAGCUUCUUCGUUUGGGCAGGUAGGCAGAUUGGUUAUAAGCAUACUCCACCUGUGUAUAACGUUUUGGUUGACCUGAUUGUACGUGAUGAUGACGAAAAUAUUCCGGAAGAGCUCUUGCAACAGAUUAGAGAUGAUGAUAAGGAAGUGUUUGGGGAAUUUCUUAAUGUCUUGGUAAGGAAACACUGCAGGAAUGGUUCCUUUAGCAUUGCACUUGAGGAGUUAGGGAGACUCAAGGAUUUUAAGUUUAGACCUUCGAGAUCUACGUAUAAUUGUUUGAUUCAGGCAUUUCUCAAGGCCGAUCGUUUGGACUCUGCUUCUUUGGUUCAUCGGGAAAUGUCUCUUGCAAAUCUUCGGAUGGAUGGGUUUACACUUAGAUGCUUUGCUUAUUCUCUCUGUAAAGUAGGAAAGUGGAGGGAAGCUCUAUCAUUGAUGGAAACUGAAAAUUUUGUCCCUGAUACUGUCUUUUAUACAAAACUGAUAUCUGGUCUGUGUGAAGCUUCGCUUUUUGAAGAGGCUAUGGAUUUCUUGAAUAGGAUGCGAGCUACUUCCUGUCUUCCAAAUGUUGUAACAUAUUCAACUUUGCUGUGUGGAUGCUUGAACAAAAAACAGCUGGGCAGGUGUAAAAGGGUGCUUAAUAUGAUGAUGGUGGAAGGUUGUUAUCCAAGUCCCAAGAUUUUUAAUUCUCUUGUACAUGCUUACUGCACAUCAGGAGAUCAUUCAUAUGCAUACAAAUUGCUAAAGAAAAUGGUUAAAUGUGGUCACAUGCCAGGAUAUGUUGUCUACAAUAUAUUGAUUGGGAGUAUUUGUUGUGACAGAGACUCGCUUAGUUGUGAUCUGUUGGAAUUAGCUGAGAAAGCUUACAGUGAAAUGCUUGCUACAGGGGUUGUUCUGAAUAAGAUUAAUGUCAGUAGCUUCACACGGUGUCUUUGUAGUGCUGGGAAAUAUGAAAAGGCUUUUAAUGUUAUCCGUGAAAUGGUUGGUCAGGGAUUUAUACCAGAUACCAGUACCUAUUCCAAAGUCCUUGGUUAUUUAUGUAAUGCUUCGAAAAUGGAGUUGGCGUUUCUGUUGUUUGAAGAAAUGAAAAGGGGUGGCCUUGCUGCUGACGUCUAUACGUAUACUAUUAUGGUAGAUAGCUUUUGUAAAGCUGGUCUGAUUGAACAGGCUCGUAAGUGGUUCAAUGAAAUGAGAGAAGUUGGCUGCACGCCUAACGUCGUCACAUAUACCGCUCUUAUCCAUGCUUAUCUUAAGGCUAAGAAGGUCAGCUAUGCUAAUGAGCUGUUUGAAACGAUGCUGUCUGAAGGGUGUCUCCCUAAUAUUGUUACAUAUUCUGCCUUAAUUGAUGGCCACUGCAAAGCUGGACAAGUGGAGAAAGCUUGCCAGAUUUUCGAAAGAAUGUGUGGCAGCAAAGAUGUUCCAGAUGUAGAUAUGUACUUCAAGCAGUAUGAUGGUGACAGCGAGCGGCCGAAUGUAGUUACAUAUGGAGCUUUACUGGAUGGUUUCUGCAAGUCGCAUAGGGUUGAAGAAGCUCGUAAAUUGUUGGAUGCUAUGUCUAUGGAAGGUUGUGAACCGAAUGAGAUUGUAUAUGAUGCUCUCAUUGAUGGACUCUGUAAGGUUGGGAAACUAGACGAAGCACAAGAAGUGAAAACUGAGAUGUCUGAGCAUGGAUUCCCCGCGACCUUAUAUACUUACAGUUCUCUGAUUGAUCGUUAUUUCAAAGUGAAGCGCCAAGAUUUAGCCUCAAAAGUAUUGUCUAAGAUGCUUGAGAAUUCCUGUGCGCCGAAUGUGGUUAUAUACACUGAGAUGAUUGAUGGCUUAUGCAAGAUUGGUAAAACUGAUGAAGCCUAUAAGCUUAUGCAAAUGAUGGAAGAAAAAGGGUGUCAGCCUAAUGUUGUGACAUAUACAGCGAUGAUUGAUGGAUUUGGAAUGAUUGGGAAAAUAGACACAUGCCUUGAGCUCUUAGAGCGAAUGGGUUCCAAAGGUGUCGCUCCAAAUUAUGUUACUUAUAGGGUCUUGAUAGAUCAUUGUUGCAAAACUGGUGUGCUGGAUGUGGCCCACCAUCUUCUAGAAGAAAUGAAACAGACACAUUGGCCUACACACGCAGCCGGAUAUCGUAAAGUCAUUGAAGGAUACAAUAAAGAAUUCAUAGAGUCUAUAGGGCUUCUUGAUGAGAUAGGCCAGGAUGAUACUGCCCCUUUUCUUUCUGUAUAUAGGCUUUUAGUUGAUAAUCUUAUUAAAGCUCAAAGGCUGGAAAUGGCUCUUAGGCUUCUUGAAGAGGUUGCAACAUUUUCAGCCACCUUGGUUGACUACAGUAGCACAUAUAAUUCGUUGAUUGAAAGCCUUUGCCUUGCUAAUAAAGUGGACGAGGCUUUUCAGUUGUCCUCAGAAAUGACGAAGAAAGGUGUCAUUCCGGAGAUGCAAACAUUUUGUAGUCUUAUCAAGGGACUUUUCCGAAACAGCAAGAUCGAUGAAGCACUUUUGCUUCUAGAUUUUAUAUCUCAUAUGGAAAUUCAGUGGAUAGAAGAAAAGAAAACAUCUGAUGGGACUUAGGCAUAAUGUGAUUUGCUCAGCUAGUUGGUGCACCCUAAUAUCGAGCCUCUUAGUCAAACCCUGAAAUUUCGAAGGUUAGAAGGAUAAUGCAUGAAGCACAAUGAAUUGUUGGACCAAACUUCUUUGACUCAGAUGAAGAUGAUUUUGAGGAAGCAGACGAUGCUGAAUUGGACUUAGAUGAAUAUAACUCUGAGGAAGCAGAUGAUUUUGAAUUGGACGAAAAUGAAGUUGAAGAUGGUGGAGAUGACUCUGCUUCUGAUUCGCCAGGGGAUUAUCAGAUAGAUGAUAAGGACUUUGGUAACAUAUCACAGUGGAAAGCACCCGUGAAGGAGAAUGCCAGAAAGAAGAACCCCAACUUGAUGGACAUUGUGUAUGGAGCAUCGGGAUCAUUAGCUACUCCCUUGAUAAACGAGAACCAUGACAUUAGUGAUGAUGAAGAAUUCUUUAAGCCAAAAGGAGAACAAAGCAAGAAUUUAGGUGGUGGAUGGGAUGUGGGAUAUGUCAACUCAGAGGAUUGUUCUAAAUUUCUGAAUUAUGGUUACAUAAAGAAUUGGAAAGAGAAAGACGUCUGUGAGAGCAUUCGUGAUCGAUUUACCACGGGUGAUUGGUCAAAAAGCUGCUCUGAGAGACAAAAAUUCAGGUACUGCCAUUGAGGGAGAAGAUGAUGAACUUUAUGGUGAUUUUGAGGAUCUUGAGACGGGAGACGAGCAUAAAAGCCAUGAGGACAUGGAAUCAGAUGCAUCUGAAAAUGAAGAUGAAGAUGCUGAAGUCGAUGAGCGUAAGCUAAAAAAGCUGGCUCGCCGAGCAAAGUUUGAUGCCGAAUAUCCUUUUUACCCGAAUGGCAUCAUUUAACUUAUCAUUUGCCGUCUUUCAUCUGUGUUAGGCCCUUUUUACAUACUUGAGAGGUCUUAACACUUAACUUUAUAUAGAUAAAUACUAAUAAUAUAUUCGCUGAAUAAAAAACGUCAGAUCUUUCCACCGGUCAGUACUGAAUAUGUAUGUCUGGCUUAUUUUGGAUAUAUAUGUUAAUGCUUUGUUUCUGACA